AUGACAACACGUAAGAAUCAAUUGCUCAAACAGAUAGGUUUGCAUAAUGUAGACCGUCUCAAGAGUUUGUCGAAUGAAGAUGCAUUGCGUUUAUUUGCAGUACAUGCAUUGGGGGUAGAUAACUUCGACUUACACAGGACACUUAAACCGCAAGGUGAAGGUAUUGUGAAAAAGUGUGGUUGUUUACCUUUGGCUUUAAAAGCAAUUGGAAGGCUUUUAAGGACGAAAACAGAUAGAGAAGAAUGGGAUGAGGUGUUGAAUAGCGAGAUAUGGGAUGUAGAAAUUGGUAAUGCCACUGGAAAUGGUAAAGAUGUGGAAAAUAGUGAUAAGAUUGUUCCGGCACUAAGGAUAAGCUACCAUGAACUUUCUGCAGAUUUGAAGCAGUUGUUUGCAUACUGUUCCUUGUUCCCCAAAGACUUUUUGUUUGAAAAGGAGGAGUUGGUAUCGUUGUGGUUGGCAGAAGGGUUUUUGAACCAAUCCAAGUCACCAGAACGCUUGGGCCAUGAAUAUUUUGAAAUUUUAUUAUCAAGGUCAUUUUUCCAACAUGCACCUAAUGAUGAAUCAUUGUUUAUCAUGCAUGAUCUCAUGAAUGACUUGGCCACUUUUGUUGCUGGAGAAUUUUUUCUAAGGUUUGACAAUCAUAUGAAGACAAAGACAGAAGCUUUGGCAAAGUAUCGCCAUAUGUCAUUUACUCGCGAGGAGUAUAUAGGUUACCAAAAGUUUGAGGCAUUCAAAGGAGCCAAAAGCUUGAGAACAUUUUUAGCAGGUGUGGAUAAAGGUUGGGGCUAUUGUUACUUAUCCUCUAAGAUUUUGGAUGACUUACUUCCAGAGUUAACAUUGUUAAGGGUCCUUUCUUUGAGUCGUUUUCAGAUAAGUGAGGUACCGGAGUUCAUUGAUACUUUGAAACACUUGCGGUAUCUUAACUUAUCCCGAACAAAUAUAAAAGAGUUACCGGAGAAUGUUGGCAACCUUUAUAAUCUACAGACAUUGAUUGUUACUAAGUGUCGGGGGUUAACUAAGCUGCCUAAAAGCUUCUUAAAUCUUAAAAGGUUACGACAUUUUGACAUAAGAGAUACUCCGUUGGAGAAGUUGCCGUUGGGGAUUGGUGAGUUGGGAAGCCUUCAGACUCUCACCAGGAUCAUCAUUGAAGGAGAUGAUGGCUUUGCAAUAAAUGAGCUCAAGGGAUUAACAAAUCUCCAUGGGAAAGUUUCCCUUGAGGGAUUGCACAAAGUGCAAAGCGCAAAGCAUGCACGGGAGGCGGACUUAUCUCUAAAAAAGAUUACUGGAUUAGAGCUGCAAUGGGUCAAUGAAUUUGAUGGCUCACGAAUGGAUGCACUUGAAGAGGAAGUUCUCAAUGAGCUGAAACCUAAUAGUGAUACGUUGAAAACGCUUUCAGUCGUGUCAUACGGGGGAACACAAAUUUCAAAAUGGGUUGGUGAUCGCUCUUUUCAUGAGUUGGUUAAUGUGUCAAUACUUGGUUGUAAAAAAUGCACAUCUCUACCCCCAUUUGGGUUGCUCCCUUCACUUAAGAGGUUGCAGAUUCAAGGCAUGGAUGAGGUUAAAAUCAUAGGUUUGGAGUUAACCGGAAAUGAUGUUAAUGCCUUCCGUUCACUUGAAGUUCUAACAUUUGAAGAUAUGUCUGGAUGGGAGGGGUGGUCAACUAAAAAUGAGGGUUCAACAGCAGUGUUUACGUGCCUUAAAGAGCUUCAUGUAAAGAAUUGUCCAAAAUUGAUUCAUGUCUCACUUCAAGCACUUCCUUCACUCAAGGUUCUUGAAAUAGAGAGAUGUGGUGAUGGUGUGUUGAGAAGUCUGGUUCAGGUAGCUUCAUCAGUCACUAAAUUGACAAUAAGUUAUGUAUCAGGGCUUACAAAUGAGGUGUGGAGAGGAGUUAUAAGGUAUCUUAAGGAAGUUGAAGGUUUAAAGAUCAUGGGAUGUAAUGAAAUAAAAUACUUGUGGGAAUCAGAAACAGAGGCAAGUGAGCUUCUUGUGAGAUUAAAGGAAUUGAGUUUACAUAGAUGUUCAGGUUUGGUAAGUUUAGAAGAGAAAGAGGAGGAUGACAAUUUUGGGAGCAGCACCAGCCUGUUAUCUCUUAGAAGUUUGUAUGUAGAUUCUUGUAGUAGCAUAAAGCGUUUAUGCUGUCCAAAUAGCAUUGAGAGUUUGAGUAUUAUUGGUUGUUCAGUUAUUACAGAUGUCUACCUCCCAAAAGAAGGAGGGAAUAAGCUCAAAUCACUUCGUAUAAGAAAUUGUGAUAAACUUGAGGGAAUAAUCAACAACACAAGCAUGCCAAUGCUUGAAACCCUAUUUAUUGAUAAAUGGGAAAAUCUAAGAUCAAUCAGUGAAUUGAGUAACUCCACUCACCUCACCAGCCUGGAUAUAUCAUUUUGUCCACAUAUCGUGUCACUUCCAGGGCUUCAGCUAUCAAACCUCACCCGUUUGGAAAUUUUUAAAUGUGAAAGUCUGGAGUCAUUACCUGAGCUAUCGAAUCUCACCAGUUUGUCAGUUAGUGAUUGUGACAGUCUGGAGUCAUUACCUAAGCUAUCGAAUCUCACCUUGUUAAAAGAUCUGAAAAUUAUAAGUUGUCCAGGCAUUGAUGUUUCCAUUCAUUGUGUGCAUUGGCCUCCCAAAUUGUGUUCCCUUGAAAUAGGGGAGUUGAAGAAGCCCAUCUCAGAAUGGGGCUAUCAGAAUUUCCCAGCUUCCCUUGUUGAACUGGAGUUAUAUAAUGAACCUGAUGUGAGGAAUUUUAGUCAAUUGUCCCACCUUUUCCCUUCUUCUCUUACAUCUCUGUACAUAAUCGAAUUUGAUAAUCUGGAAUCACUUUCAACGGGACUCCAACAUCUCACAUCCCUUCAACAUCUCAUCAUUUGGGGAUGCCCGAAGUUGAACGAUCUACCAGAGACGCUGUUACCUUCACUUUUGAGUUUGAGAAUACUUGAUGGAUGCCCAAAAUUGGAAGAAAGGUGUGAAGGAAGAGGCUCCCACUACUGGCCACUCAUCUCUCAUAUCCCCCAAAUCCAAUACAGGUAA